AUAAACUGCAAAAUGCGGCCAUGAAGUUGGUGGAGGCUGAACGUAACGGUGAGGCGUUCGAUCCACAACUUGUGAUUGGAGUUCGACAAUCUUAUGUGUCGCUGAAUUUGGAUGCAAAUGAUACACUGGCCGUGUAUAAAGCAAACUUUGAGAAGGCGUAUAUUGAUGCAACGGAAAAAUUCUACAAAUCGCGUGCAUCUCAGAUUCUGGAAUCAAAUGGUGUGCAGAACUAUAUGACGUAUGCGGACGCAAAACUGAGUGAAGAAGAGGCUCGUGGUCGGCGAUAUUUAGACAGUAAUGCGGAUUCACUACAAAGGGUUGGUUUUUUCUGCCCUUUACUUUUCCAGUCUAAAUGGAAUUUGUUAAUUCGUUUGUUUAUUUGUUCAUUCAUUUUAUUUAUUUGUUCAAUUUAUUUAUUUAUCCGAUCUGACGAUGGUGUUUUACGAGGAUAA